ACGACGAAGACACUGAGUAGAAGGAAAAGAACAAGAGCGGCACGACGGGGAGUGGAGGCUGAGAGACACGGCCGCCUCAGCCCUGCAACACCAUUCGCCACUCGACGUCACCCUCUCGCCUCGAAGACAGCGAAGCUGCCUCCCCCUCCCCCUGCGCGGGUCGCGCGUCGCCGGCGCCACAGACCUCCCGAGGCGGCGCUGAUGAGCAGCCGAAGGCCCGCGACCACCCUCGCGCCGGCCACCUCGCGCCCGGCGCCGCCCCGCCACCGCGCCACCGCCACCGCCGCCGCCGCCACGGCCACCACCCGCCCCACAAUGCCCCAGCGGGGCGGCCCCGCCUCGCCGCGCGCCAUUGGCCCCUCCAACCCCCGGCGCGCGCUCAUUGGCCCGCGGGGCGGCGGGGUGGGGGGCGUGCGCCGGGCCGGCGCGCCCGCGGAUCCUGGGGCCAUGGAGGGCGGCCCGUUCGACGACGCGCUCUUCUCGGAGCUGGCGGGCUGCGGGGCGGCGGGCGGCGCGCUGCUGGCGCCGGGAGCCAAGGCGGCGGCCGAGCGAGGCGCGGCGGGCGGCGGCGCGGGCGUGCACUCCAUC